CACUCUAUACUCCAUCCUCAUAUUGUUAUUUCUCCUUCUCAAUUCCUCUAUCUUAGAGGAAGAAUUUAUUUUUAUUUUUUUUAAUUUGGGUAUUUUUAUUAUAAAGGAAGAUGAAGCAGGCCAUUUUAACUCCAAUUUUUCUUGGAAUUUUGGCUUGUUGGAGUGCACUUUCAGUUAUUGCUGAAGACCGAUAUUUAUUCUUCACAUGGGAAAUUACUAAUGGAACAAUUUUUCCUCUUGGUGUUCCACAAGAGGGUAUUCUUAUCAAUGGCCAAUUUCCAGGCCCUACAAUUGAUGCCAUUACUAAUGACAAUAUUGUUAUCAAUGUCAUUAACAAGUUGGACGAUAAAUUCCUCAUUACAUGGAAUGGUAUAAAACAAAGAAAGACAUCAUGGCAAGAUGGAGUUUUAGGAACCAAUUGUGCAAUUCCUCCCAACACAAACUGGACAUACAAAUUUCAAUUAAAAGAUCAAAUUGGAACCUACACAUAUUUCCCAACAACCAAAAUCCAUAAAGCUGCUGGUGGUUUUGGAGGAUUCAACAUUCAGCAAAGAUCUGUUAUAUCCAUUCCAUAUCCUGCACCUGAUGGAGAAUUCACUCUACUUGUUGGUGAUUGGUACAAGACCAACCAUAGGGUACUAAGGAGGCUAUUGGACCUUGGCAAGAGUCUUCCUUUUCCUGAUGCUCUUCUUAUAAAUGGCCAAAAAGAUGUUGCUGUAUUUACAGGGGAAGCAGGGAAAACAUACAAGUUCAGAGUGUCGAAUGUUGGAAUAGCAACCUCAAUUAACUUCAGAAUACAAGGUCAUUCAUUGAAGCUGAUUGAAGUUGAAGGUGCUCAUACAUUACAAGAAACAUAUAAGUCCCUUGAUGUUCAUGUUGGACAAUCAGUGACAGUUUUGGUCACACUGGAUAAGUCAAUUGGUGACUAUUACAUUGUUGCAUCAAGCCGUUUCACUGACCCUGUUCUUACUACCACAUCAACACUUCGUUAUUCUGGAUCCAACACUAAGGCCUCAGGUCAAUUACCCAUUGCCCCAACUACUGAUCUAGAUUGGUCCAUCAAACAAGCCAGGACCAUCAGGCUGAAUUUAACAGCAAACGCAGCACGACCAAAUCCUCAAGGAUCAUUCCACUAUGGAACCAUCCCUGUAUUGAGAAUAUUACAAUUAGCAAAUUCUAAAUCCAUUGUAAAAGGAAAGUUAAGAUAUGCAGUAAACGGAAUUUCACACAUCAAUCCAAGCACCCCAUUGAAGCUAGCUGAUUGGUUCAACAUUCCUGGUGUCUUUGAUCUCAAUACAAUCAAAGAUUUCCCUUCUUCUUCAAACAACCCUAUUAAACUAGGAACAUCUGUCAUUGGUUUAACCCUUCAUGACUUUGCAGAAAUAAUCUUUCAGAAUAAUGAAAAUACUAUUCAGUCAUGGCAUAUGGAUGGAUCUAGCUUCUAUGUUGUCGGAUAUGGCAAUGGCAUUUGGACAUCUAAAGUGAGAGAGACUUACAAUUUGGUUGAUGGUGUUUCAAGACACACUGUUCAGGUGUAUCCAAAGUCUUGGAGUGCCAUAAUGGUGUCUUUGGACAAUAAGGGGAUGUGGAACUUGAGGUCUGCAAUAUGGGAAAAUCGGUAUUUAGGACAAGAGUUGUAUCUAAGGGUGUGGAACAAUGAGCAAAGCUUAUACACUGAAACUAAUGUCCCUCUCAAUGCAUUGUUUUGUGGAAAGGCUAAACAUUUGCCUAAGUUAUUAUAAGACAAACCAAAAGGGAUCAGUAAUUUGAUUAAGUUUGUGGCAUAAUUAAGUUUGUAACUGAGUUUAUUUCUCUUAUUUUAAUUCUUGACAUUAUUUUGUUUAGAAGUUUCAGUUACGAGGGUGUGACUGUCAUAUAUGGAUAUAUAAAAAAAGAAAAAAGAAAAAAAAAAGAGGCAUCUUUAUUUCAUUAGUUUAUUAUUUCUUGUAAUCAUAAUAAAAAAAUAGUUUCUCCACUUUA